AUGGGGGGAAGAACAAUGACAAGGACCGUCGGUUGGAGGUGCAAAUGUGGGAGACAAAGUAUUGUCUAUACCUCCAAAACUGAGAGGAACCCAAACAGGGCUUUCCUUGGAUGUCCUAAUUUCAAGGAGAAGAAGCCCUAUUGUGAUUUUUUUAGAUGGGUAGAUGACAUGUGUAAUGAACCCAUGGAGCUGGAAGAAGCAAGAAUUAACACUGUGGAGUUGGAUGUUGCUGAAAUUAACUUCAAGUUGAAAUAUGUGGAGAUGAUGAUGAGAGAGCAAGAUGUGAAGAUUACUGAGCAAGGAAUGAAGCUUCAUCAGCAGGAAAGAAAACUGAAUGAUGUAUACCUGAAGAUGGUGGAGGAGUUAGAUAGGAUGGACAAAAAAAUUAGGAUAAUUGAUAGGUCAGCUAGGGUCUUAGGUGCUUGUGUUGGUGUGAUCAUGAUCUGUAUGUUUGUUGUUAGUGUGAAGUUGCAUACUGUUAUGCAUAUUUUGUUACUGAUUCCAGAACACGAGGACCAUUUAGGUCCCUGUCAAUGUUACACGAGGGUCGUUUUGGUCCCUGACAAAGUGGACAGGGCCCUUAUUGGUCCCUGA